AAAAGGGGUUUCAGUAGAAGGGUCUGCAGUCCUGGCUGAAUUCCUGAGAAACACCGAAAUGGGGGUGAUAAAUUCGAAGUUACAGGAAUUUCACACGGCUGAUUCAAAAAGUGCCACCACCCAAGUUGGGAAGAAGGAGGAGAAAUCGAAAUUUAAGGUCAAGGUGACUAAGAAACAUGUGGCUCUGAAGAGAUUCGAUCAAGCCUUUGUGAAAAAGCCACUCCCCACAAGAGCUCAGACACCCUUGGUUAAGGUGAAGAAAUUAAAAAAGCCACAAAGAUUAGGUCUUUACCAUCGGCUCAACCAGAAGCUUAACCAGAAUGUACAGGAUGAACCUGACCAAAGCGAGGACAGCAGUACCAGCAGCACCACCAGUGACGACCUGGAUAGUCAGUGAAGCAGGCCAGAAACCUCAGAACCACCUGUCACAUGUCCAGAGGUCUUCUCCCCGACCAAUGGGCAACUGUAAAGACAGCAACUUUGGUGGUCAGAUGAUGAUGGAAUAAAAUCAAACUCUUAGGA